UAAACAGUAUUUUAGAGAACAUGUCCAUUUGAUCAGCUUGUUGAUAAACUGCAUACAGAUACAAAGACGAUAUAAUUUGCAUCGUUGUUUUACUGAUCCAUGGCCGAAGCUAUAGAAGUUACCACAUUAAGGGAUGAAAAGGAGGGCGAUCUGUUCCUUGAGAUAGUAGCUUCAGAAGAAACAUUACAGAAUUUAGGGGAAUUCACGUCAUAUUUACUUAAGGUGUUGAAACAGAUACCAAUUGUCCAUAAAACAGUGGCAGACACGGCUCAAGAUACAGGUAUAGCGAUGGAGGAAAUGGAGUGUGAUAUGAUGCUUUUGAUUCAGUCAAUACCUAAAGAUACAUGGCUCUCCAUAGGCAACAAUGCCGAUUCCACGACAGCUAUUAACUCUUCGGUUAAGAGAGUAUUCAUCCAGCCAGGUUUUGUUAAACUUAUAAUGCAAAAUAUCUGGUCGCGUGCGUUUGUGACUGACCAAUUACUGUUGAAUGGAUGUACACUUUUAGCGUCCUACAUCACUAUAGUUUCUGAUAAAAAUUAUGUGACAGAGAAAUGGUGCAUGAAGACACAAUGAAGACUUUUGAAGAAUCGGUCAAGGAAAACAUUAUACAAUG